GCAAGGUAGGAGCAGGCGGAGGCUGGCCGGCCGCUCUGACAAUAGGGGCGGGCCGAGGGCACGACGCGGCUGGGCGGGCGGCCUCGCCUCGCUGCGGAGCGCCGGCCGAGGGAUCGGCAGCCCGAGGAGCCGCGGAGAGGAAGGAGGAGGAGAGAAAAGCCAUCCCCGGCUGCCCGUCCGCCUGACCGGCUUGCAGCAGCAGCAGGAGGCGGGGAAAAGCCGUUGUAGCUGUCGUCGCUGAAGAUGUCCAAUAAUGGCCUAGAAGCAGAAGACAAGCCUCCAGCUCCUCCGAUGAGGAACACCAGCACUAUGAUAGGCAGCGGGAGCAAAGAGGCCGGACCCUUGAACCACGGCUCCAAACCUUUGCCUCCUAAUCCGGAAGAGAAGAAGAAGAGGGACCGCUUUUACCGCUCCAUCUUACCGGGAGACAAAACCAACAAGAAGAAAGAGAAAGAGCGCCCCGAGAUCUCCCUCCCUUCCGACUUUGAGCACACGAUUCACGUUGGGUUUGAUGCCGUCACAGGCGAAUUCACAGGGAUGCCUGAGCAAUGGGCCCGCUUGCUGCAAACCUCCAACAUCACCAAAUCGGAGCAGAAGAAGAACCCUCAGGCCGUGCUCGACGUGCUAGAGUUCUACAAUUCCAAAAAGACCUCCAAUAGCCAGAAGUAUAUGAGCUUCACAGAUAAAUCUGCAGAAGACUAUACCUCCUCCAACACACUGAAUGUGAAGGCGGUGUCCGAGACCCCCGCCGUCCCCCCUGUGUCGGAGGACGAAGAUGAUGAGGACGAUGCCGCCCCUCCCCCAGUCAUCGCUCCCCGGCCCGAGCACACGAAGUCCAUAUACACCCGGUCGGUGAUCGAACCCCUUCCUCCAGCCCCGACCCGGGACGUGGCCACCUCUCCAAUCCCCUCGCCUUCCGAAAACAGCACGACCCCUCCAGACACGUUGGCGAGGAGUACGGAGAAGCAGAAAAAGAAACCCAAAAUGACAGACGAGGAAAUCUUGGAGAAAUUAAGAGGUAUUGUGAGUGUGGGUGACCCCAAGAAGAAAUAUACAAGUUUUGAGAAGAUCGGGCAAGGAGCUUCAGGGACAGUUUACACGGCGAUCGAUGUAGCUACAGGACAGGAGGUUGCAAUUAAGCAGAUGAACUUGCAGCAACAGCCGAAGAAGGAGCUGAUAAUUAAUGAAAUUCUCGUCAUGAGGGAAAACAAGAACCCCAACAUUGUCAACUAUCUGGACAGUUAUCUCGUGGGGGAUGAAUUGUGGGUAGUCAUGGAAUAUUUGGCAGGCGGCUCCUUGACAGACGUGGUGACAGAGACCUGCAUGGAUGAAGGGCAGAUUGCCGCCGUGUGCCGGGAGUGUCUCCAGGCAUUGGAAUUCCUCCAUGCCAACCAAGUCAUCCACCGGGACAUCAAGAGCGACAAUAUCUUGCUGGGGAUGGAUGGCUCU